AUGGGAAAUGCACAGUCCAUUCCAAAAGACCCCGAAGACCAAGAUCCUGCUACUAAAGCAGUAUAUUCACAGAUUUCCUCUGAACCUCCUGAAAGCCUUAAGAAUGGACCUGUUAGCAUCCAACCGGUACAGACGGAGCUUUCUGCAAACAGUGACACAGUGGAUGCAAGAGUGAGUGUUGGCCUGGACAAUGCAGCUGUUUCUUCCCAGAAAACAAUGGAGAUCAGCUCCAACUCCGAGGCCAGUGGAAAUAAUCUCGGGAAAGAAGCCAAACCUCUUCCACCAGCUGCCAAAUCUCGUUUUGCCUUUGCAUUUUCACGGUCUGUACCAGGACGUACUGAAGCGCAGGCGACAAAUUCAUCCCUUGGAUCAGCUCAACUUGAUGUCAGCUCAGAGGCGGCUCAGGCAAACAAAGCGUUGAGUGAAAACGGGGAGCUUUCGGUCGCAGCUGCCACAGAGAAAGCUUCUGAUAAAAACCUAAGUGAAGCAUCUCCUAGUGAAAUUGAACUCUCAGCACCAGCUAAAGAGGAGGAUGUCCCUUUACCGAAAUCCAAAGAGUUAACCUUUUUGGACAAGCUCUUCAAAUUGGAAAAAGGAAGACCUAAGAGCAGGCAAGAGGAGCAAAAUCAACAGGAGGUGACUGACAGCUGUCCAGGUGUAGGCAUCUCCUUGGAAGAACCUGCAGGAUUAAAGAGCACCCCUGAUCAUGAAUCGCAGGGAAAGGAUUUAAUAGAUGAACACAACCAAACCACUCUGCCACAGGAUAUAGCAGUUUCCAAUUGCUUGGCCUCUGAGGAUCUUGCCCAAGAAGAGAGGAAGACAGACAACACUAACACAGCAACUAGGACAGAUAAUAACAUCAUGAGCUUCUUCAAAACGCUGGUUUCACCAAGCAAAGCUGAUUCCAAGUGUGAUACUGAGGAUAAAGGAUCUCAAACAGGCCAUGGUGGGCAGCUUGCUGAGAAGACGGCGACUGAUUCCCUUGUCAAAAGCACCAAGAAAAAGAAGCCAGACAGCCCCCGAUUAGGACAUAGUACAUUUAGCAAACUGUUUAGACAUAAGGCAAAAAAAGAUGUUCCACAGACAGCAAAUACCAAGCCAACCGAACAGCCUGUCCCCGUUGUCCCUGUUACAAAACCGGAAACAAAUGUGCCUCCAGCUCAGGAAAGUCCAGCAGUGAAGCCAAUUGUGAAACCUCCAGAAGCUCCAGUACAACCACCACCCCCAGCAGUUGUGGUUGUCACCAAUGAAGCUCCCAAGGAGAUGACCAAGGAAAGAUCUUCUUCUACACCCACACCCCUAAGUAAAUUCUUUUGGAAAAAGACUCCCACAGAUGACAUAGAGGUGAUAAACACUGAGAGAAUUGAAGCAUCUCCGGAAAUCCCAGUGAAAGAUGAAAGAAGGAGCCAGGAAGUUGCAGAAACCAAGUCUAAAGCAGAGGAGAGAUCUACCAAAACAAAUUUCAGAAAAUUCUUUAAACUGACCCUGGACUUCACAGACAGACCUUUGACCCAGGCCGAGGCUCAAGACCUGCAAGCAAAGGGAGCCGCAAGAAUUCAACGGAGAACCUAACAAGCUGCAAGAGAUGCCCCAGAAAACCAGGAUCCACAAGAAUCCAGACAAGAAGAAGCAGCCAAGACAGACUCCCUUCAGAAUGGAGAGGAUGCAGCACAGCAAAGCCUCAAGAGAAUGGAGAAGCGGCAGACCCUCGGAGAGUUUUUCAAGGGCCUUGUUUUUCUCACAUGGAAUUUGCCUCAUAUGGCAAGUCCCAAACGGAUGUCAGAUGCUGGGGUACAAACAGAUCCCGUGUCUAUUGUGUCUAUCGUGAAUCCCCAAUAA